CUCCAGAAGUUCCAGCAGAAGGCUCUGAAACAAACUAAGCAGAAGAAAUCCAAGUCGGCUGAAUUUCUGAUGGGAAAAGACGGGAGAGUUGCAGCAGAAGGCAUUGCAAAUCCAGCUUUUAACAUCAGCAGCACAGAUCUUUCAGCAUAUCAGGCUUCAGAGGAGGAAGUUAUUAGACGUGACAAGCCGGGUAGCACCCUUGCAGCUCACCAACAAAAACUCAGGCUGCAAGCCCAAGCUGAACCAAGAGGAAAUGAAUGCAGCAGAAAUUACUUUGACCCUCUGAUGGAUGAGGAAAUAAACCCAAGGCAGUGUGGGAUGGAGGUCAGCAAAGAAGUGCCUGUGAAGCUGGAUGAGAAACUCCUCUAUGACAAACUGAUGACUCUUCUAGAUGAAGAGAAUAGAAUUCUGGUGUCACAUGAAAAACCAGAUGAAGACGCUUUAGAUUCUGCGUGGCCUGCUGGCUUUACCAAGACAAGUGGACUUUGUGAGGAAGGCGACGAUGAAGAGACUCGCCCUUACAUUGAGCAGUUUGAGAAGAGUGUUCAGGAUGAGAUUAUUCUCCUUGACAACUUUCCACAGAAACAGGGUUUAAGACAUAAAGGCAUUUUCCAGUACACAGAGGAGUUCAGAAGGAGGCUUCCUAAAAUCUUUCGAAGCAUGGAAGAAAGUCGGGCAUUGAAAGCAGCACCGUAUGAAGGGACUGCAGCCAAGUCUAGUAACCUUGCAGGACUGAAUAAUGGAUCUAAUGGAGCAGCAGGUCUUUGCUGGGAGAUUGACUGGUCUCAAAAACCUCAGCCCAUUCAGAUCCAGCUGAAAUGCUUACGUGGUGUUAAAGACAAAGUGCCACGAGGCAGCUACGUUCUCAAGGUUUCCCUCCGCGGACAGCUUGGUGGUAAAGUGCUUGACUGGUCUAAAGCAGAGGGUCAGCAGUGGGCUGGAACCACACUGCCCGUCAGACACCAUGGGAACUUCUAUGAUGUGGAGAUCUGUUUGGACCAAAGUGUACACACAGGCCUGGGCCAUCCCGAAGUGAUGGUGGCUGACAGUGCUUUGCUGUUCUCAGAGCGAGGAAACAUGUGGAAGGAAUUGUUCUUUUACAUUUCACAGCUUGUUAUUUCCUCCACAGAGCAACCUUUGACCUCUCCGAGAGAUUCUGACACCCAUAAGGGAAGUAUUCCCACUGUUGAAAAGGAAGUGGGAAAGCAGUUUAAUGGUGCAGAAGGUUGGGAACGGUGUGUGUCAAAAGAAACUCGGACGAAAAGAAAGGACCAGCUCUUGAAAUGUUUCCAGCAGGCAGGCGAAGCCACGGACAAGUUUAAAUCAAAUGUGAAGGAUCAAACAGAGCCCUGCAGAAAAGGAAAUGAGCCAUAUCCAAUCAGCUCUGAUUCGUCUGAUAAGAAUUGUGAUCUGGUCUCAGUGAAGGAAGCUCAUGGUAUAUAUAGCAAAACGAGCCAGAAUGAUCCCAGCAACGUGUGUGGCCAAGGAAGUUCUGGGAUCGGACUAAAUGAACCAGCUUUCCGUGUAACAUCUUAUCUGGAGGAGUUAGAGAAACACAGAUUCUCCGUAUGCUGCCAUCCUGCGGUUGAAACCACAGUGUCCACAAGCAUCACUAAGCGCCUCUACUUUGGUGUAUAUGCCAUCAUUUCUGAACUUGGAAGGGGACACUGGUAUUCCUGGGAUCUGUGGUCUAUUAUGCUGCUAGUAGUUUUGCUCUGGUUUGCCCGACUGUAUCUUCAUUAUUUCAGCCAGUGGGUCUUACUUCACGCUAUUUCAGUUCCUGUCACGAAAUUCCAGUUCUAUCCUCAUACGGUGGAUUUGUGCUACCAGAACUCUUUGGUACGCACUAGUGAAGAGUUGGCCAUGAUUGUGGUGGGACCUUUGACCUUGAACACAGUGAUGCUUCUUAUGGUUCUGAUGAGAUGGGGCUGUCAGCUGUUGUUUGGCUCAUUCCCUUCUUACUUGUCAAAGCUGAUCAUUGCUUGGGGACUGUGGACAAUGCUAGACCCUUUGGCAGUGUUUGUAGUGGAUGCCUUCCUGGGGCGUCUUCACUAUGCUCCAGGCAAACCCAUAGCUGACUGUGCGAAGAUGUACUGGCUUUUUUUAAGAAUAGAAGAAUCUGGCAUUCUGGGCAUAUUGAUUACCCUACUGCUUUACACAAUGCUGUUUCUCAUUUCGUCCACAUCCCUGUACCUGUAUUUAAUGAGGAUGCACAAUGAAGGCUGGUUAUUGGAUAUAUUCAAAAGGAUUCAGAGUGAUGAGGCAACUUUAUUUGUUCCAUUUGACUUGGAAAUCUCCAACCAAGAGUUGAGCUAUAUUGUGAAAAAGGCAGAACAGUGGAGAGGAAUCAAUGGUGAAAAACGAAAAGUCAUUGUCUGUGAUUAUAUCUGGAAAGACCAUGCCAAUAAGUCUGGUGUCUCCAGUACUGGCCUCCAGCUCCCAAAUGAAAUCUUGAAAUCUAUCGGAAGCUCAGGAGCAGUCACUGUUCAUGUAUCUAUAUACACAGUUCAUCUUGGGGGCUUCCAAGAACUGUACAGGCACUUCCUUAGACUGCCUAGUGGUGCUAUUGUAGAGGCAUUUGGUGACAUUAGUGGAAUAAAUUUCAUACGCAAUGAAGGGGGUGCAUUCGUUCAGGAGCACAUAAGUGAAACGGAUAAUGCACUGGGAAUUUCUUCUGAGAACAAGCUAAGGGAAAGAAGAAAAGAAUACAGGUAUUACUUUCAGUAA